CUCACGGGCUCCUCACGUGCCCUCUGCGGCUCCGGCUCAUUAGGAAGCAUUUCCCGUGAAUGGGUCACAGCUGCUGCUGCAAGUAUCUGGGGGAGCGAGGACCCAGCCCCGCAAACAGCCUGGAGAUGCAGAGGGUGCUGGGGACGCAGCUUCUCCCCGGUCCCCAGUCGAGGAGCGAGCAGGAGUCCCUCCGCUCCUGGCCCCAGCCAGGUUCCUGCGGCAGGGAGGCAGGGUCCCAGGGUGCUGCUGAUUCUGUGAAACUUAUUUCAACAAAUGCUUUAAUGGACAAGCUGCAUCUAAAAUAUGCACAAAAACCAUGGAUUGAAACUCUGAAACUUGUACGUCUGUGCAUGGAUAAACCACCUCGAGGUUCCAUUUGUGUUACCCAACAUCAUCCUUUACUCUCUUGCUUGGAGAAGAUACAGAGGACUUUAAAUGCUAAAUCUUUGUCUACUGUGAUGAACAGAUUGGAAUUUUUAUCCAAACAAAGGGGGUUGAAAUCUCACAUAAGCCCCAAUGGGACAGUUUGCUAUUUAACAUCAGACAUGUUCUAUGUAGAAGUUCAGUUGGAGAAAGAUGGAAAGGUGAUAGAUGUAAAAUUGGCUCACCCUGGAGAAGCUCCUGUGGUUUGUGAUGAUCUAGUACAGCUUCUAAGGAUGAAGAAUUAUGAUGCCUUUGGAAAGAUUCUAGAAGGCCUGUUAAAUCUGUAUCAGAUUCCAGGAAAUAGUGACAUGAAAGCUAAGGUAUAUCUCGCCUUGCAAUCUUUGGAAAAAGAUCUCUAUUCAAUGUCCCUUCUGUACAGAACACAAGAUGUAAACAGAGUUACGGAAGUACUUCAUGGAAAAGCAGGACACCUUGUGCCAAGAACUGGAGGGACCCCUAUGAGCAUUGAAUAUUAUCUAUCUCCCUAUCAAGUUCUGGAAGAAGAGCUGAAUCCUGGCUCCCAAGUAUGUGGAAUAAAAGUAUUUGUAACUGUUGGAAGUUCAAACACAACACACAAACUUCCCAUUUCUCCGUUAAUUGUGGAUUCUCAGACAGGAGAUGGCAACCCUGCUUUUUUACCACUGACUGAUGAACUCAGCAUGGAUUUGUCCGCUUGCUUUUUCUUGACGUUUCAUCAGCCUUUUCCUAUGUCCUCAUCCAAUAUUCAAGAGAUACAGAAGUUUACAGGAGUUCUGAUUGAUGGACUGAAGCUAGCUUCUCUUCAUGCAUUGAUUGUUCAAUUUACCCUUAAUGAUGAGUACAAGGAAGAUCUGUCCAUGAAUAAUUCUUGCUUCUUUGUGUCUCUUCCAGAUUGCCCGAAGCACAGUUAUUUCAUAAAUAAGGGCACAGAGAAAUCAGGUAUAACAGGAGCCCUUGUCAGUAAAAUUCCAUUUACCCAUCCAAAGUGUGUGCCUGCUAUAAUUGAGAUCCUUCGGCAUCAAGUGACAUAUAACACUCUUAUUGGCAGCUGUGUCUCCGAGAACACUACAAACGAAGAUUGCUCAGAGCUGCUUUAUUUUGAAGUGUCUCCACAAAAGGACACUAGCUUUUCCAUCUCAUUCCAGCAUCCUAUGGGAGAGAGUUUAGCCUGUGUGGUAGCUGAUGUCUUGAGCUCCAGACAAAUCAGAUGCAGUCUUCAUACAAAUCCUCAAGAUGUAACUCUAAAUUGCUGCAAUGACUUUAUCACAAGAGUCAUGGAGCGUUGUAUGUCUGUCCCUCUCGUCAUGAGAGCUAUUUUCAAGAAUGCUGUCACAAUGAAAGUUGAUGGUGAAAUACAAAAUAUGGACGUUAUCUCUGAGCAAAAUCCUGAAGUGACCUGCAAGCAAACUGCAUCUUCUAACAGUACUGGAGCAAAUCUUUCUGGAGCCAGCAUGCUAAAUUCUGGCAUGGAGGCAAGCAGCUCCACAGCCAGUACCGAGUGUGCGAUUUGUGAUAUAUCAGUAUAACUAAAGCAAAUACUCAUCUGAUGUUUACUGUGGUUCCAUGUCACUUUUUUGUAGUGUCUUGAGACAAUAUCUAUUGAUAGAUCAAACCGUAGAGGAGAAUUUGGCAAGAUCAAUACUUCUGUCUAGCAGGAUUUCCUCUUAGAAUUAAAUCUUUUCAACCCUGUAGAUUGCUAAAUGCAAAACAAGUUAAAAUAGUUUAAUGUAAAUGCAAACUUUGAAAAGUGAAAUGAUCACUACUGUAGCAACCUUACUUUAACCCAUAAUGCAUAUAUGGGCAUGUAGUUUAGGUGGCUGUUUCUUAAAUAUCUGUAGGUGUACAUAUAAUAUAACAUGCAAUGUAGCCAAGUUAUAUUGCUGUAACCUUAAGAUUGAUUGUUUGUUUGUUUUUUUCUUUGUGCGGUUCCAUUUACUAAACCAUGAUGUUGCAUUUACAUUUUUUUAAAAUGUAAUGGAAAAAUUUGUAAGAAAGGUAGAAGGGGAAAGGAACUAUUGUUUGAAACAGUCUGCGAGUAAGUUAUUUUGUGCACAAGUGCAAUUUGAUGCAAAUGAGUUUUGACUUCUUUGCACCAUUCCCCAUGUUAAAUUCACUCAAAAGUGGAACUGUGCAGUAAAUGAAAAGCUCUUCCCCCCCCCCCCAAGUAUUGGUUUAAUGUCCUCUUUCUGCAAAAAGAGUUCUGGAUAAUAGGGAGUUUAGGUCAUACAGUUGUGCAAUAAAAUAAUUUUGCAAAUAAAUGGCUAUAACUUUUUAGUUUUAAAUUCUGCCCAAUGACUUGUCUUCAUGGAGGAUUAGCCUGAUAUUAGGCUUGAAAACUUAAAAUUCAGUUGUUGGAGUGCAAAAAUGUAAUAGCAGAAUUGUGGGGUUUUUUUUGUUAACUGCUCUCAAAUCCACUGAAUGCAGGUGAUAAGCAAACCAUCCAAAUUUUUGUUUUUGGCCUUUGACUAAUCAUACUUUCAACCAGAUGAAAACUUAUGUAGUGGCAACUUAACAGGUAUAGAUAGUGAGAAGUCCUACUCAGCAUUCUUGUCUUGUAGGUGCUAGAAUUGAUUUAUAUGGUGAGAAAUGUGCGUAAGACAGUACUGAACAAAUGAAUACUGACGUACUAAACAAAACCAGACUUCAUGCCCAGAAGAAUUUGCAGUCUGCUUAAACAAGAACAAUAGAAAGUGACAACUGCAGUGUGUUAGGAUAAAUAAGGAGACAGCCAUAAGAAAUGUGGCGGGUUAUAGGAGUAGUGUGUAGAAAAUUGUAGCUGAUAUGCCUGUG